GUUCUGUAUAGAGAGAGAAAAUUUUGUACCCUCAAAUCCACCCCUCAAUUUUUCAUGGGUAUUUAGAGAGAGAGAGAGAGAGAGAGAGAGAGGUUUCUUUUUUUGUUUUUGCUUGAAGACCCACUUCGGAGAUUCUUCAAUUCAAUCAAAAUGGUUGCUAAAACCCCACCAAAACAAAAGAAAAUGGUAGCAUCAGCAGCAGCAGCAGCAGCAGCAGCCACUCUCAAUCCAGUUCAAGUGAGAGAAACACUAAAGAAGGUGGAAAUGUGCAUGAGUAGGCUACAAGAACUUCAAUUCACAGUAACAGGAGGAAACAAAGUAAUUUCUGGAGUGAGCCUCAGCCCACGUAGUACAAGAACAUAUCUUAAGACAAGCCUUAGAUGUAAACAAGAAUCUUUAAGGAUUAAAAAUGGUGGAGGAAAGAAAUCUCCAGUGGGGAAGUUUCCAUCAAAUGCAGGAGGAGGAGGGGAGUGGAAGAGGAUGUCUUUACCGGCAAUGCUUGUAGGUGAAACCAUUGGGGAAAUACUAACUGCAAGUAAGUUCGCAAGAGAGAUGGUUGAAGCAGUUACCAUUAAUAACACCAACAAAAAUACAUCCAUGGAUGACCCGAAAACGCCAUUGACACGACAAAGAAACCGCAAACCAAACCUAGAAGAUUCAGAAUUAAGAGCAAGAAGGAAAAGAGAGAAGCAAGAAAAAUUUCAAUCAAGACGAAUUGAAUCAUCGCAUUCUCCAUCACUUCAACGGGUUCGGUCCCGGAUCAACUUCAAGGUUGUUUCACCUCCAACAAAAAGAGAUGUCGUUGAUAAAGAGAAUGCACGGUAUCUGGCAAAUCGAGUGUCGCCUAGGAACAGGCCGUGGACGAAAAAGACCAUACUUUUUCCAAACCCUUUAUUCCUAUCAUCAGAUAACUCCUCACAACAGCCAAAGUUUUGUAGAACAAAGUCUCCAGUGAUCGCAAAAACAAGACAACAAACUCCACAUAAGUUCUUGAUCAAGUCUCCAGUGUCAGCUUCAAAGUUUCAGGUGAAGAUUAGCCCACCAGUGGUGAUCAAGCGAUCGCCUACGAGACCAGUAGUGAUCACGAGAUCGCCUACGAGACCGGUAGUGAUCACGAGAUCGCCAACGAGACCGGUAGUGAUCACGAGAUCGCCUACGAGACCGAUGAUAAGCUCAAGUAAGCUGUCUCCAAAGAGAUCCACUGCUUCCAAGCUGCGUCGGUCGUUUUCACCAUCAAGGCUGGUAGCUUCCAAGUUGAGACAACCAUUUUCACCUGCAAAACUUACAGCUUCCAAGUUGAGACAAUCAUUCUCACCUUCAAGAUUGGCUGCUAGGUUGGUGUCUCCCCUGAAAAGCAGAAAAAGUGUACAAAAGUAUGAUGGGAACAUUAAUGUGAGUGGAUUGAAACAGAGACCAAUCAACAACAUACAGAUGAGAAUUUGAAAGGAUGGGUGGAGGAACAGUUUCUCACAAUUAUUCUUUGUUUGAUAUCUUCUCAAUGUCUAUAGUACUGGUUGAUUCUUGUGUGUAUGUGAUUGGUUUCAUCACAUUAUGCAUCAGUUUGUCAAUAACAGAUGAGACUUGAUUAAACUAUGUAGUAAAAGUAAAAAUCUUUAUACU